AUGGAGUUUGGUAAUCGAUCUGUGGAUUUUAAUAUGGAUGAUGAGAGUUGUAUAUUUUUACGUCAGAUCAACAAAAUGAAAGCUGCUAAGGCAAGGUUUAAUAGAAUGAAUGUCCUCAGGCAGAAGAAGGCAAAGCGGUUGAAGAGAGCAAACAAAGAGAACGAGUGUUUCUUCUCUCCAUCUUCCGUCCAACAAUCUUCGUCGUUCCGAACACCUUUAUCAACAAUAACUAUGAAUACCAUCAACAUUUCCUCAUCAUAUUCACCUAACCACUUUCAACCAUCUUCUUCAAGUCCCCAACCUUCAAACAGAUUGGGUCUGAAUCUAACAAACAAAGAUAAUGACUUUUUCUUCUCUCCAAUUUCCGUCAAACAAUCUUCCUCCUUCCGAACACCGUUAUCAACCAUAACAAUGAAUACCAUCAACGUUACUGAGUCAUCUUCACCUAACACAUGUCAACCAUCUUCUUCAAGAACUCAACCUUCAACUGUUGGGAUUUUAAAAUCUCGGAGACCCAUCACAUAUCGUACGAACGGGUUGGGUUUGAAUUUGACAAAAAAAUUUAACAGCACCGUCAGUGGUUCAAAUGAUCAUCCUGAGGUUUCUGCAACUCCUGUCCCGGCCACGGACAAUAGCAAUUUAUUUUCGGAUUCUGAUGACAAUAGUACAGAAAGUUUUGAAACGGACUCCGAUAUUGAAUACCCGGAUGAAUGUAAUAACAUCUCUACAGACAUGCAUUCUGCAUCGACUUCUUCAAAUGGAUACUACGAUGUAGGAGACGCUGAUUCUGUAUGUCAACAAUGCGGUGCGCAAAUGUGGUAUCUUGAAAGAAAUGAAAAACAUCGGAAUAGAUCUAUUCCAAAAUUUUCAAUGUGUUGUCGAAAUGGCAAGAUUCAACUUCCAUUUCUCAAGAUGCCACCUAAAUAUCUGCAACAUCUCCUAUUUGACAGUGAUACGGUUCAGUCUCGCAAUUUCCAGCAAAACAUUCGAAUGUAUAACAUGGUGUUUGCAUUCACAUCUCCUGGUACUAAGAUGGAUAACCGUUUUAACAAUGGAGGUGGUCCUCCUACUUUCCGUAUUCAAGGGCAGGCCUGUCAUAGAAUUGGUAGUAUGUUACCCAUGCCGGGACAGACUCCAAAAUUUGCCCAGCUAUAUAUUUACGACACUGAACAUGAAAUACAACACAGGAUUAAUGGGAUGAGAACAAAAACUGGCGUUGACAUUGAUAUUGUUACAAAAUUAUCUCAAAUGUUGUACGAACACAACGUACAUGCUCAGUCUUUCCAAAUGGCAAGAGAUAUUUUGUCUCAACGAAGCGUAACAGAUUUGAAAUUGAGACUUAUUUCAGACAGAAAAACUGAUGGACGUAUUUAUAAUCAGCCAACUGUUUCCGAAGUUGCCGCAUUGAUAGUUGGUGAUGUCGAUACAGCUGAAAAAAGAGAUAUCAUAAUGCACAAACAGUCGGGCGAUCUUCAAAGAAUUGAUGAGUAUCAUAGUUCUUAUCUUGGAUAUCAAUAUCCAUUGCUUUUUCCAUAUGGCGAGGAUGGAUAUAGGCCAAAUGUGAAACAUCGGGAUCACGGUCACGUGGUACGUUCCACCACACCAAACAGUCGUGUUGAAUUGGAAUACGAUGAUGUUUCAUGGGAAGAAGCUACAAAGAGAAACAGGCUAACGAUAAGAGAAUGGAUGGCAUUCCGAAUACAAUCAAGACAGAACGAGGCACCGACACUGUUAAGAGCUCGAAGGCUAUUCCAACAAUUUUUAGUUGAUGGUUAUACAAUGUUGGAAUCGGAGAGACUUAGAUGGCUUCGUAAAAAUCAAUCCAAAUUAAGGGUUGGAAAAUAUCACAAUUUGAAUGAGUUAAAUUCAAACAGUGUGACACAAGGCUCAAGCACCGGAAAAAGAGUUGUUUUACCGUCUUCAUAUGUUGGCAGUCGUAGAUAUAUGGAUCAACUGUAUUUUGACGGAAUGGCAAUUUGCAGCUAUGUUGGUUUUCCUGACCUAUUUAUUACAUUUACAUGUAAUCCAAACUGGCCGGAGAUACAACGUUACGUAAGACAAUCAAACUUGAAGCCGGCCGAUCGUCCAGACAUUAUUUGUCGAGUAUUUAAGAUGAAGUUUGAUGAGUUAUUGUCCGAUCUAACCAAGAAAUCUGUCAUGGGCAAGGUCCUUGCCUAUAUGUAUACCAUUGAAUUUCAAAAGAGGGGUUUGCCACAUGCUCACAUAAUAAUUUUUCUUCAUCCGACCAGCAAGUAUCCAAAUGCAGAGGAUAUUGAUAAAAUAAUUUCAGCCGAAAUACCUGACGAGAAUUCUGAUCACGAGCUCUAUAACUUGGUAAAGUCACAUAUGAUACACGGUCCAUGCGGAAGACUUAACCUAAAUGCUCCGUGUACAAGGGAUGGUAAAUGUUCCAAGUAUUUUCCAAAGGAGUUCCGUCCUCAAACAAUAGUCGAUCAAGAUGGCUUCCCUGUUUAUCGAAGAAGAGACAAUGGUCACACUGUGUUAAAGAAUGGAAUUCGGUUUGAUAACCGUCACGUUGUACCAUACAAUUCAGGAUUAUUAAAGAAGUUUCGAGGUCACAUAAAUAUGGAGUGGUGCAAUCAAAGUUCUUCGAUAAAGUAUCUGUUUAAAUACAUCAACAAAGGUUACGACAGAAUCACUGCUGCCGUUAUUAGGAAUGAUGAGGUGAGCCAAAAUGCCCAAAAAAAUGUUGACGAGAUUAAACAAUAUCUUGAUUGCAGAUAUGUUUCUCCUUGCGAAGCAUGUUGGAGAAUAUUCUCUUUUCCCAUACAUGGAAGAAAACCCGCGGUUGAGAGGUUAUUUUUUCACUGCGAAGGAGAGAAUUCUGUGUUUUACAGAGACAUGGAUCGCUUAGAUACCGUGUUGGAAAAGCCAAGUGUCACAGAAUCAAUGUUUACUGCUUGGUUUGAGGCAAACAAAAAAUAUCCUGAAGCCAAGGAGUUAACAUACAGCAAGUUUAAUUUGUUGGAAAGUCCACAUAGUUACGAAGACAUAAAAAUAGUUAACAACAAGAGAUGUAAUUCUUUCCGCGAUGCUUGCUUUGCUAUGGGAUUUAUUGGCGACGAUAGGGAGUACAUCGCUGCCAUUGAAGAGGCAAGUCAUUGGGGAUCUGGGCAUUAUUUGAGGUUACUUUUUGUUCAUAUGCUACUAUCAAGCAGCUUGAAUAGACCAACACAUGUUUGGAAAAAACAUGAGAUGAUUUUGUCAAAUGAAGAAUUGGUCAAUUUGACAUUGGUAGAAGUUGAAAAAUUACUUCAAAAGAACAGGAAGAGUUUAUCCGAUUUUGUGGGAAUGCCACAGCCAAAUGGAUAUGUUGUUCAGCAAUUAGGCAACAGGUUGAUUUAUGAUGAACGUAACUACGACAUCAUAGAACAACGUCAAGAAUACAAUACAUUAUAUCAACAUCUCACAGAUGAACAAAGAACUGUUUUUAAAACUAUUAUCGGCGCUGUCAAUAACGAAAGAGGAGGUGUCUUUUUUCUGUACGGCUAUGGCGGCACGGGAAAGACGUACAUUUGGAGGACAUUGGCGUCUUGCAUUCGUUCGAGAAAACAGAUUUGCUUGACUGUUGCUUCAUCUGGUAUAGCUUCUCUCUUGCUACCAGGAGGUAGAACAGCACAUUCAAUGUUCAAAAUUCCAAUCCCAACAUUGGAGGAAUCCAUAUGUGACAUCCCAAAGAAUACUGAACGAGCCGAGUUGCUUCGGUCAGCCAAGUUAAUUAUCUGGGACGAAGCUCCAAUGGCUAACAAGUACUGUUUUGAAGCACUGGAUAAAACCCUUAAGGACCUUAUGUCAGACACAAAGCCUUCCAAGUCUAUAUUUGGUGAUGUUGGAGAUGGAAAACUGGCUGAACCGAAUGAUGGAUAUGCAGAUAUUGACAUACCAAAGGACAUGUUGAUAUCCAAUUUUGAUGAACCGAUAAAGGCAAUUAUAGAUUCGACCUAUCCUGACUUUCUGCAGAAUUACAAAGAUCCCCAAUACCUUCAAUGUAGAGCAAUAUUGGCUGGAACUUUAGAGACAGUUGAUGUCGUAAAUCGUUAUGCGCUAGAUAUGAUUCCAGGAGAUGAAAAGAUUUAUUUGAGCUCCGACUCAGUUGAUCAAAUGGACGCUGAUGCUUCCGAUUCUUUUGAUGCUUUGACAACGGAAUUUUUGAACACCCUGACGGCAUCCGGUCUUCCACAACACAGCAUUAGACUUAAAGUUGGCACCCCUAUAAUGCUCCUGAGAAACAUCGAUCAAUCUGAAGGGUUGUGCAACGGUACAAGACUCAUUGUUACAAAAUUGGCCGACCAUGUUAUAGAGGCAAGGAUUAUCUCCGGUAAAAAUAUAGGAAGUUCAUUUUAUCUUCCAAGAAUGGAUAUCUCUCCAACACAAUCACCCUGGCCUUUUAAAUUAACAAGAAGGCAAUUUCCAAUCAUUGUGUCCUACGCAAUGACGAUUAACAAGUCGCAAGGUCAGUCGUUAGACUAUGUUGGGUUGUAUCUGCCAAGGAAUGUCUUCAGCCACGGUCAGUUGUACGUUGCAAUAUCAAGAGUGAAAAGCAAAAACGGUCUCAAGAUACUAAUCCACAACAAAGACAAUGAAGCGGCAGACACUACCACCAACGUGGUAUUCAAAGAAGUAUUUGAAAAUGUCUAA